GCUAAAGCACUUGAGCUGUCAUCUCAUUCUGACACUGGCUGUAUUUACUGGAACAGAAAGUGUAUAAAUUCUAGGCAUCUCUUGUUCUUUGAAACAACAAUAAUGGGGAAGACUGCUGACUUGGCAAUGGUCCAGAAGACAAUCAUUGACACCAUCCACAAAGAGGCUGAUCAAUAUUACUUAUCCCGAUGGUCAAGAUGCUUCUACAGCGCCCGUGAUCUCAGUGACAUGGUCUAUAUUGACAACUUCUAUUUUAAUAAACAUCUGUUUGUACAGUUCAACAGCACUGUUGGGAGGUUUGUGGGGUUAAAUAAGUAUGGACUAAGUGUUGCAGAGGGAUGGAACAAUAGCCCCACUCUGAUAGCAGAGAUAGCAAGUGUUGAUACAGAAUGCAAAUAUAAUAUAAAAAACAGGGAUCCAGCUCUCCGUGAUAAAGCAGUGAAACCAAAAGUUAAGCUCAGCUUAGUGAAACAGGCUGGUGCCAUUUUUCCAGCUGUGCUGAUAUGCAGCGCAUAUGAGUUUUAUCCAAAACACAUCAAAGUGUCCUGGCUGAGAAAUGGUGAAGUAGUGAACUCUGACGUGACCUCAGUUAUGGAGAUGGCUGAUGGUGACUGGUACUACCAGAUACAUUCUGAGAUGGUGUACAUCCCAAAAUACGGAGAAAAGAUCUCUUGUAUGGUGGACCAUGCCAGCUUGAAUCAACCCAUAGUCACAGACUGGGAUCCAUUACUUCCUGAGUCUGAGAAGAUUAAAGUCGGUAUUGGGGCAUCUGUUCUGGUGCUGGGAGUCAUUAUAGCAGCUGCUGGGCUCAUUUACUACAAGAUAAAAUCAACACAGAGGCCCUCACCUUGUCAUUGAUAAUAGGUUUCAUACAUUUUUUCUUUCUUUGUAAAACUGUCAGACUUAGCCACUUGAUUAAAAAGUAUAAUAAUCGUAAUUAUACAAAUUUCAGGUCAUCAUUCUGAAUGGAAGGGACUGCUAUUAAUGAAGAAUUUAUCCUUUAUGACAUACAUCAUGACAUUAAAAAAAAACAACUAUGAUUGUAAUAUAUCUCCAAAUGUGAUACUGAUAUUGUGUGUGUGUGUGUGUGUGUGCACCUGGUAUUAAUCACGUUAUGGGGACCAAAUGUCCCCACAACGAUAGUAAUACCAGUAAAUUUUGACCUUGUGGGGACAUUUGUGAGGUCCCCAUGAGGAAACAGGCUUAUAAAUCAUGCAGAAUGAGAAAGUAUGAUUUUUUUGAGAAAGUAAAAGUGUGCACAGUCUCCUGUGAGGGCUAGGUUUAGGUGUAGGGUAGGUGUAGGGCGAUAGAAAAUACGGUUUGCACAGUAUAAAAAUCAUUACGCCUAUGGAAUGUCCCCAUAAAACAUGUAAACACAGCGUGUGUGUGUGUGUGUGUGUGAAAAUUGUGUUAGAUCAUACUUGUGCACCUUAUGAUAAUAUAAACUGAUGGAGAUUGUUCUUGCUGACUAAAUGUCUUUGUAUUUAUAUAUUAUAAUGAACUUAGUGUCAUGGGUAUUCAUUUUUGUUUGUGUGUGUGUGUGUGUGUGUGUGGUUUCUGUGUUCCAAUGAGUGUUAUGUCGAAGUUUUCUUUGAUUUGAUUCUGUUGUUGUUAUUUUGACGUUGUCUGUGUUUAUAUUUGUAUAUGUCCUUGGUUAUAGUUUGUUUCUUGGUUGGUUGUUGUCUUUGGUAUGCUGUUGCAAUUUGCAUUGAA